AUAAUUUUCUGUACUCUUUAAAAAUUAAAAACACGGUUUUUAUCUCGUUCUUUAAUAAUUUAACUGAAUGGGGUUAUAUUUAUUUAUUUAAUUUAUAAUUGAUCUCCACUGAAUUAAAAAAAUGGUAACGUAUGCGCCCGAUGAAGUGAGUUUACAGGACAAAUCGCCCUGUGCCGGUAUUAGGGCUGAUCUCAAGAUGUGUUUAUUAAGCAGUGAUUGCUGUAAAAAGGAUAAAAAGACACCUCGGGAAUGUCUUAAAGACGGCUUGGUUCCUGAUGAGUGUUACCAAUUACGACAGUCAUUCUUUGAAUGUAAACGAUCAUUGCUUGACAAUAGAAGAAGAUUUAGAGGACACAAGGGUUAUUGAAACUCCCACAAUGUCGUUCCCAGGAUAUAUAAUUAACUAGCUGUUCUCGUGACUUCAUCUGAGUGGAAAUGAACUUUAUUUUUCUAAAAUAAAAAUAGGCUAAGUUACUACUUUUUACAUUAGCUAUCUGCCGAAAAAAGUCCAGUAAAAAUCGGUCCAGCCUUUUCAGAGAUUAGCCGAAAUAAACAGACAGACAAACAAAAAAUGUUAUUUUGGUCUAUGCACCGUAUUUAUAUUCAUAUGCAUGUAAUAAAAAACCGUUAUUUCAAUAUUACAAACAGACACUCCAAUUUUAUUUAUAUGUGUAGAUUAAAUUGUGGCGAGAUUGUCUGAAAUAAAAUUUCCAACACUUAUGUAUUUGUAUUUUAUUAUAAAAAUAAUUGAAAUUUAAUUAAACUCUCUAUACAAUCUUUGUUAGGAGCUUAGCCCAUUUUGCAAAUUAGCUUUUGAAGCUAAGCGACCAAUUGUAAUAUCUCUUAUAAACUAAAUUUAAUGCAGUUGUCUGUACAAUUCACAUAUUUUAAAUAAAUAAUAUUUUAAUAAUAACAUAUUUGUAUAAUAAAUAUAUAUUCUGAAAUGAUAUAUUGGUAUUUUUACGUAUUGAGUAAUUGUAUGUAAAUAAUUCAGGUAAUAUUUGUUGUUAUUACUUAUAUUUAUAAAAUCAUAUUCAUGUUUGUCCAUUUCUUCAGAUUUAUAUUUUUAAUUUGACAGAAAGUGAGAGAACACCUCUAUAGUUCAUGAGUAAGAAAGUAUAUUAUAAGAUUUUAAUUUUUACACACAGAACAACAUAGUUAAUGAACAAUAAUAAAUUUAACAGCUCUUAAUUCAUUAUGUGAAGUUUAGACAACUGCAGAAAAUGGCAAUCCCACCCUGGGCUGCUUUAUAUUUAAAUCUAUUUACUUAUAUUUAAAAUUUCCUCUGCAUCUUCAAAAUUCAUUUCAAGCAAUAUGGGUUCGAAUUUUAAAAUCUACAAAAUGCACAAAUUCAAAUUUCCUAAUUCAAAAUCUACAUUUGUUACUACAUUCUCAUGGCAAAAGAAUGUUGAAUCUUUUUCUCAACAUAAUUUAAUCCAAUUGCUUUUUAUUGGCAAAUCUUGGGGGAAAUUUUUCGCUAAUUUGGAACUAUUGGUUACUUAUAUACUGUUUUAAAUUUGACUCGGUCAUUAUUUAUACGUAUAAUUAGUAAAUCACGGGAUCUUGCCCGUGAAUUUACGGAUAACAUCACGGGUGAUCAUGACUGAGUUUACCCGUGAUCAUGGCGGUUGAAACACUGCCAAAAUAUCAGAAAUUCAAUAAAAAUAAAACGUGGUAUAUCCCGUGAUUUACUAAUUAUAGGUAUAUUGGUUACUUACUCGUAUAAUUAAAACAGAAUCUCUAAAUAUCGAUAAUAAAUUGCAAGCCAUUUUAUUGCUAACUACACAAUUGACUAGAUUUAGCACCAUAGCAAAAUAAUCGAUCCAAUUACAUAGCUACUGAAAAUAUCUAUUUAUUUAUCUAAAAUGUGUUUGUAUGGGAAACUGCUGUUCAUUCUAUAUUAUUAAAGAUAUUUAAAUAUGUUUAUAAGUGAAUCUAUAUAAUAUAUAAGUAUAUCAUAGUAUAAUUUAUAUACUUCUAUACAAUAAAUUAAAAAUAGUUAUGUAUGUAUGUAAAUAAUUCAGGUAAUACAUUAUAGGUAACCAGUAAACCUGAGAUAUACUUAAACAAGCCGAUACUAUCUAUAAUUAAUAUACUGAAUCACAAUGUGUUUAGGCAUACAUGAAGUUUGGUCGAUAUUUAAUAUUAAAAAUUCUUUAACGAUGUUGGAACUAUUCUUUACUUACGUGGAUAUAAAUAUUUAUGUGAAAAAAUGGUCAAGGUGAGGAAAAUAGUGAAUUUUACGAGGAUGACACAUCUUAACAAAUAAUAAUUAUUUGCUAAG